AUGGCAGCUUCUUCUUCUAACACUGCGGGACAACCCAAGCAUGUUCCUCGAAAUGCUUCUGAUGAACGUGAUCCUGUUGCAUCCGGCCAACAAGUAAGUGUUUUUGAUGGCUUAAUAAUACCCCCACCUGAUUCUGUUUGUACUUCUGCGGAAUCCUCAUCCAGAAGGAAACGACUGCCUUAUGAUAUCUUCAUAAAUCAUCAUGGAGGAGAUGCCAAACAUAAGAUAGGAAACAGUAUCUACAGAUCUUUAGAUGCUACUGGACUGAGAGUAUUUUUAGAUAAAGAUGAGCUAACGCCUAGGGAUUUCUUUCCUAGAGCUCUAGAAGAAGCAAUGCGUAGUGCGUCACUCCAUAUAGCUAUUUUUUCUGAGCAUUAUGCGGAAUCACCCUGGUGUUUAGCCGAACUGGCAUUUAUGUUGGGAACUGGCACAAAAAUUAUCCCCAUUUUCUAUCGUGUUGAGCCGUCUACUUUAAGAUGGGCGGUGCAAGGAAAAGGAAGCUAUGCAGAUGCCUUGUCUAAGCAUGAAAUGAAAAGCAGCAAUACUGUGAGUCAUGUAUUGAAACGGGCACUUGAAAUCAUUUCAUUUUCGAUUGCCAACAUCACUAAUAGUUAA